UAGAAGGAAUUUUUGGCUUUAGAGAAUGAACUUAAGGGUCGACCAUCAAAACGACUGAACUAGUGCCGACCACCCGGGUAAUAUUGUACAUAUGGCUUCACGAUGUCGUCGUCUUCCAUGAGUGUUCAUUCACUUAUUGAUAAAUUUUCCCAGCAAGAACAACUGAGGCAACAUCCUAGACCUGAUGAGCUGUCGGGAUAUCCGGGCGGACAGUCCGGUGGCAUCGGAUCCAGUUCAGGAUCUGGAAGGGGCGGAUCUACAGGAGAUGCUCCAAGUGUAGGCAGUGGAAGCUCGAGACCCACUGGACCCGCCAGUGGCUCGUUUGUGCCUCCUCCAUUAUCCUACCAACAACCUCCACAAUUCAAACUAACUCUGCCUCAAAUCUCACCACAACCACCUCAAUUAAACUCGGGCUUAUUGGCCUUGUUGGGGCCCGAUGUCCAAUCUUUCCCGUACUCGGAACAGGCCUACAUGGAAACCAUCAAGCUACGGGCAGAGCAAGAACGCGCCAAACAAGAUUAUUAUAAAUUGGAGAUUGCUAAUAAGAACCUUGCCAUCUUACAAAUGGCCAUUCAAGCACAAAUCCCAGUCCAUCUAAUCCCUAGUAUGUGUGUUGGUCUGUCUGACCUACAAGUUCCUCAAAUCCCGCCACAAUCAUCCACAAACGUAGGAUCUACUGCAUCCCCAACCCCUAUUCCCAAACACGCGCCAGAAACAACAACAACGACAACAAGAACGACAUCCACUUCAUCGAGACCAGUGCCAGGACCAGUACCAGUUCCAAUACCCGAGAAGUCCGGCCAUUCACGUACUCCUUCACGGGAAUUAAAUCGUCCUGAUGCAUUAUCAGCCAGUCCUGUCCCACCAAUGCUGUAUAGAUUUGGUGGGGGUCCAGUUACUGCCUCAUCACCAAAAAAGGUAAAUCGACCCCUUUCACCGGCAAAAAUCGGAGCCGUGGCAGUGGCAAACUUGGCGACCCCUACAACUCCAUAUCGUACCCGUAGAGGCCAUCAAAGAUACUAUUCAAUGCCCACAGAGUCAUACAUCCGAUCUCCUGGGCGUUCCAUCGACUUAAAUAGAAUCCCUGAAAGUGGAGCCAAAUACCGCCAACAAAUGCAACAAUUAAGUAGUGGCAUGCUUCAACCACCCAGGAAUCAACCAUCUAAUCUUUCACUGCCGCAGGGUGCAACUUCUCAAAUAUAUGUGAAACCAGCUCCAGCACAACCAUUGCAUGCUCAAACCAAACAAGCACAACCUCCAUCUCAAGAGUCCAUGACAUCUCUCCAGCAUGUCAUUCUGUUCCACCAUUGGAAACCUGAGGAUGGUGGGUCUGGAUCGGGUCACCAACCACCAUCAACGACCCAUAAACGACACAAAUCCCAUUCAGAAAACAUGUCUAUCGAUAUGAAGCAAGAGAAAAUAGAUGAAGAUGUCAGUAUGGACACUUCCAUGGUGACGGAGAAGGAAGAGCGUGAGAUAAGAUACCCAAACAUUCUCUCACCAGAGAGAAACUGAGCAUAACACCAUCUAACUAGUUAAAUUCUUUUUUUUUUGCUACAUUCCAUUCUAGUUGACUUUCUUCUCCCUCGUCUAAUCGGUAGGAUCAUCUACCUUCAUACUCAAUAAAUUCUUAAAUGAAGAGUCC